GGCGGGCCGCAGGUAAAGUACCGCCGAGCUGUUCCAAUUUCCUCCCUCAGCAGCACCGGACUCGGGGGACUCUACAGGUGGAUCGCGACAGUGUCCACUAGCGAAGACUGUUUAAAUGAGUAAUAAUCUGAUUAAAAGAAUAAGAAAAGUACUUUGAGCCAAAGUUUUAAUUGAUCAGAAAGUUUUAGCUGUUGGCAACAAGUGCUGAAAGUAACGGGUCACUCACAAGUUGUCGUUUUCAACGAGGGUGACUUCCCGCACUGGGACAACGCGCUGACGCGGAAAUACAAGGUUACCUGGCUGUGCAUACCUGUCGCCUUGUCGGGCUUUUACAUGGAUAAGUGUCUAAGGAUAAACGCAAUGGAUAAUAGCUGAGGCCGAAAUACUGCAAAAUGGACUACCGGUCAAGUAUCCCUCAUUCUCCCAGUAUGUCACGUCAUAGCGACCAGCAAAAUGCACCUCGCCCUACAGAGAGAAGAUCUGGAAGUGGACGCACUUCUAGGAGCAACAGUCAAAGGCACAGUACUGGCAGCAGCAUUUAUGGUUACCUAGUUGGAGACCUGGGUAUUGAAGCUGAACAAAUUUUGGGAACACUGCAAAAGCAGCUUGCACUGUUAACAGGUGGACGAGAUCGGCAGGGUGGACCAAUCAUCACUCUUCCCUCUAACAGGGACAGAGUGGAGUUCUCUAGCCAAGAGCUCACUUUGUGCUUGCGUUACUUGCUGCAGAUCCCAAGUGAAGAAUCCAAGAAACGAGGGAUAUCGGUUCUGGUGGAAGGACGGGAUGGUUCAUGGAGCAAUCUCAGUCUUAUGUACAGCUGUCUAAUGCAAUCACUGAAUGGCUACUUGAAACAAGUGCUGAUCAUGCAGCGAGAAGAUCAGCGCCGACAAAGCAUUCACCUUGAAAAGUUGCCACCAGAUCUGCAGCCACAGUUUUUGACGGUCAUGGAACUGCACUCGUUUAUUGAUCCAAACCAGCUGACUUCAGAUCUGGGAGGAUUUCUGCAGUAUAAUCACCGCAUAUGGCUCCAAAACAGACUGGGUUUGGAAGGAUUUGUGAAAGAUGCUCAAAAUACUGUACAACACUUAGAGAAUGAAGAGAUUCGGAUUCAGCAAACUUAUGAACAAGGGGGUGACCCACAGUCAAGCCCCAUUGAAGUGUUACGUCAGCAUCGCCAGUUUCAAGAGUCAAUCAUGACAGUACCCACAGAAGUUAUUAGGCAAGGGAAGGAGGUGCUAAAUCAGUUGCAACAGUCAGUGGGAGGUUCAGUUGUCAUGGGAAGUCAUGGUGGAGAUGAAGAACCUGUGCCAACACUCGAUUUGUUGGAGGCACAAAAGCAAGUGAAGAGAAUUGUCCAGUACCUUGAACAGAGAGUAGAGAUUCUUCGCAACACACUUGAACAGAGAGACAAAGUAUACAACCUACAUUUUCAGUUCACAGAUUGGAAGCGCAAUGUCAAAACGGUAGUAGACUGGGUGCUGGGACCAGGAGAAAAACUUUUGUCUUCACAUACUGACAUUGGAGACUCAUAUGAAGCAGCUGAAGAGUUGAGGAGGCGCCAUGAAGAGAUGGAGAUAAAGUGCACGGAUACCUAUGGGCAGUAUGCUGAACUGCGCCAUGCUGCAGAAGAGAUGCUGGAGGAGUCAACUUCCUUAAGUCCAGACAUCAUAGCAGAACGGGACUACAUGGAUACAGUGUGUCGCAAUAUGGCCAGCCGCCUGGAACGGAGACGUGUACUGCUUAUAACCUCUGUCCGCUUCCAUCGACUGGCUGAGGAUUUUGGAAACCGGCUGGAUGAUCUGCUGGAGUUGGUGUGUAGUGAUGUGGUGGCAAACAAUGUGGAAGAAGUGGAGGAAGCCUUGCAAAUCCUUCAAGAAAAGACAGAUGCAUGUGAUUUAGUUGCAGAACAGACUACAAAUGAUGGACACAUCUUGCUGGAUGAGAUGGCCCGUCCAGUCAAGAAUGCUUUUGGCAAGGACAUAACCCCUGACUAUGCAGCCCAGAUUAAGUACAUCAGCCAGCGGCUUGAGGAACUACAGGAGCGUAAGAUGCGAUGUGAUGAGCUGACAGAUGUCCGUAGACUCAAGCUUCAGCAGCUGCUGCAGCUGCGCACAUGUGAACGUGAUUGUGACCAGGCCAUAGACUGGAUUGAAGAACUGUGUGAAGUGAUGGUGCAUGCACACAAAAACAUGGGCAGCAGUCCCCAGGAAGCAGAGGCAUUACAGGAGGAUAAUCGCAAAUUUGAAGCUACAGCAAUGGGAACAUAUGAAUACGGGAAACAGUUGCUUCAGGCAUCCACAGUAUUACGUCGAUCUCUUCGAUAUCCCAUGGAGCCUAAUCAUGAGAAAUCUCGGAGACUGGAAGAGGCUUGGAAACGCUUCUCUCAGGUGUUAGUGAGAGAGCAAAUCGUCUUACAGUUUCAGCAAUGUUCCUUUCCAAUUCAGACAAAGUUCUUGAUGGAAUAGAUAAUCUUGUGGGUGUGAUUGCAAAAGCACUGGCAGGUGAACUGCCCAUUGAACAGACAGCUCGAAACUAUGCAUUGCCAAGAGACAAGCUGCACAAAGAUUUCAAGGACACAGUGCAGAUGGGACAGGCUUUGCUAGAGCGUCU